UCGGUACUCGACCCAAACAAAUAUGGCUGCUGCAGAGGUGGUUCGAUGGAGUUCAGUUGUUGGAGAAUAUGGGGUUUUACUGACCGAAAUGGGAUCCAUGGAGGAUCUGCAAAACCCAAUAAAGCCAUAUCCUCGUAUAAAGUAUACUUGUAUGACGGCUUGCAAGAAAUACAUAGCAAUGGGCUCUUCUACUGGGGGCCUGUAUAUAUUUGACAGGAAGACUUUGAAGCACAUCAGGUUUAUAAGUAACAAAGAUGGCCCUAUCCUAGCCAUUUGCUUCACUCAAUGCCGCAGUCUUUUGGGAGUUGCAACAAGUUCUGGUUUUGUCCUUGUACUGCAAGUUAGUUCUAGAAAUAGAGAAAAACCAAAGUUUAUCAGGCGAUCAGAGGAGCACAAGGACACUACUGUGACUUCACUUUGCUGGGAUAAAGAUGAAUCUCGUCUUUUCACCGGUGAUGUGAAUGGUGUUGUGAGUGUCAUUCAUGUACCAGUGGCAAGUAAGUUGCCUCACUCUGUAAACAAAGGCUUUCCAUUGCUGCAUACUACCAGUAUUGUAGCAAAGGCCCAAACAGCCAUUGUUCAGCUGGACUGUAUUAAUGAUAAACUUCUGGUUUCCACCAUGACCAAAACUGCCAUCGUUGAUCUGAAAAGUUUGGAUUGUGUGCCAGUUGGGGUCAAACUAAGGGAUGGUUUAUAUGGAAGUUGCUUCUUUAAAGAAGAGAAUUCUGAAAGCCCCACAGUCUACUCAGCACGUCCAGGGUCAAGAAUAUGGGAGGCCAGCAUGGAUGGUCAAGUCACGGCCACCCAACAGUACAAGAAACUUCUGGGUACACCUCCAGCACCAAUGCUUGGCUAUAGCCACAGUGAUGAUGAGCCUGUGGAAGAAGAAGAGUUUCCUCCACAGUCUGUAAAUUUUGCAAAGCUGCUGCUUGUAAGGGGUCGGUUCCUUGUGACAUGGCAUGGAUCAUCACUGUAUAUUAUGGAUCCAAUCCUUGGGCAGUUAGUGGCCUGGUACAACAUUAACACAGUGGUCCAGGAUCUUGUGUGCAUUGGAGAUGAAUUCUUUGUUUAUGAUGCUGAAGAUUGUGUGAAAUGGUUUGCCCUUCUCUCUGUUAAAGAGUGCAUCUCUAGACUGCAUGAAAUGGGAGAAAUCAGACAGUGUUUAAAGGUUGUGCUUGACUGCAAGCAAUUUAUCAUUCCCGGAUCAGCAAGAGAUGUGGUUCCAGUUUCUUUGGUAACAAACCUCAAAGAGAGCUUAAGUGAAGAAGACGUGGAAAACAAGUAUCAAAUUGCUGAGCUGGAAGAAGUCGAGCGUGAUAUGGAGCCUGCAACAGAGGACACUCUCACUCCACCUGGUUUCCAUGGUAACACCAGCCUGACUGACAGUCCUGAAACGCUGAGUGUGUGUAGUGAUGCAUUCACUGAUGACCUGGAGCCCAACGGGAGAACGGCGGAAAUGGGACAAGAAGAUGACAACUUGCCAAACAACAAGUGCGAUGAUGAUGGGUCAGAAGUUAAAGGGGCUCUGCAUAGGAUGCUUAUGAAACAGUGGAGUGGGGAUAUCUCAUUGGAGGGAGUGCUGAUGUCAGCUGCCGCGGCAGCCAAAAAGUUUACUGCUGAGCGUCAGAAAGGACACUCCAAACUGAGAAGAUUUCACUCCGCUGAUAGCGCAGGAGGUGGAAGACGGGCAGAUUCUCCCGGGGCAAACAACAGCAGUGAGCCACAAAGUGAUGCUGUCGAGUUCAAAAGUGAGGGUGCCUCGGACCCUGGUGAACCGAAUGAACUGCCGGAUAUUCAAGAAGUCAUUCGUGAAGAAGAGAGUCCUCGACUGCGAAAAAAAACUCGCGAGCAGAGUCCUUGUCACUCUGAUGACAGUGAAGCAAGACAGUCGGGAAAUGAAGGGACAGUCGUGGAAGAAGAAGCUUCUGAAAAAAGGGAAAAGCGAGAAAAGAAGAAGAAAAAGAAAAGAGUUGUUACAGUCGAUAUCGAUUCACCUCAACUGAAACAAGAGGUAUCGCUGGGUAGUCCCAUCUCCUAUGUGCGGAGCGCUUCUUUUCGUGGCACUUACUCUCCAACUGAGGAUGCAGAGGUAAAGAGCAGACGUUUGUCAGAGCCUGAACAGUUAGUCAGUAGCCCCACACAAUCAGAACUUCCUCCCGCCAUCCCAGCCAUGCUGUCAAAAGCCAAAGGCCUGUUGAAAAAGAAACUGAAAGUUCCAUCAGAGGAUUCUUAUAGUUUACCCUCUCCUAUCCCACCCACGGAAGAGGAAACAAUCUACCUAGAAGAGGAAGAAGAAGACUUGCAGAAGAUAAAAUGUCCACCGGAAGUCGAGGAGCUCAUCCAGAGUUCAGCAAAGACUCGGAAUGAAGUCAAGAAUCCACUUGUGCUUUUCAGUAUCAGUGGCCUUCGUGAAGUUUUGGAAGAAUGGAUCCCUAAACUGCAAGGAGCCUUGAAGAGCUGUUUUGAUUUGAGCAAGAACAUUGAUGAGAACAACUCUAAGGUCGAUUUGAAGUUUUUUCUCGAUGAACCUGCGUUUGGCGAUGUGGCUCACCUGACGAGAAUGUGUUUUGAUUGUGGUGUGUAUGGAGCAAAAGGCAUGGCAUGUUUGGAAGACAUGUCCCAUGAUACAUUGAGUAGCGAGAAGAAGACCACUCCCAAUGGCCCUCUGGCAGUUCAAGAAAUUAUUGAUGAAAAUAACUUACAAAAUGGGAGCAUUUAUCUUUUGCCACUCAACGUUUUGGAAACUGUAUCGGAACAUGCGACUGAUGGUUUUAAUGGUAUUAAUGAGGCCGGCCAAUCAACUCAAGCCGGUAAAACCACGGUGAAUAACUUGAAAUCUGUAGCUUCAAACUGCACAGAUGUUCACGAAGAGAGCGACAAGGUGAAAAUUUCAAACACCAAAGCUAAAGAAGUUAUUAUUAGUUCACCUGCGGACAAACACGAUUAUAGUGAAGACCACCUAAUUUUAUCUACCCCUGAAAGAUGCAACGAGGCAUUACCCAACUCCGCAAUGAACGGAGACUUGUCUUAUGGAGAAGGAAUUCAUGAUCCUUCUUUCACAUAUAAAGAACAAGGAGCAAAAGAAUGUGAGCUCGUUUGCUCGCAUUGUAAUGAGAGAUCUGCAUUUUUUCACAUUGUCAAUGAAAAUGCUGAAAGCCAAAGCUCUGAACAGCGGGAAAGCGACAAUACUCGAUCAAAAUUCUUGUCUUACUAUUUCUUUCUGCUGGACGUGAAGCGGUUACGGCGGACACUGUUUAUGAGCAAGGGAGACAGACGAAGAACAUGGAGAAGGUUUAUGAAUGGCUUGUCUGGUCUGGUCACGAAUGACGACGUAAUUGUUAAGUAUUUGAAAGAGGGAGAUCCACGGCGAGCACUUCAUGAACUGCAUGAUGGGAUGGAUGCUUACUCCAACAUUCUCCUGUAUCAUUUAACUCGUUUGUAUGAACACGAUCGUCGUGAAACAAUGAUCACGUGCGCGAGAAUGUUCCCCGACGUGCAGCCGUGGGAGGCGAUGGAGAUCUGUCGGCAGAACAAUGGUCUAAGUUUAGAAGCCAAAUCAGAUGAUUUUGUGUUUUAUGUGGAACAACUGAUGAGAUGGCGGGCUCAAGUUGGAAAUACCAAAGAACAGACCGUCAGCAGCAUUUGUGAGGAUGUUGGAGUCGCUAUGUGGUGGUUCCAUUGUUCACUUGUUGCAGAUUCUUCAAGGGAAGAAAUGCACUGUCGACACUGUAGGAACCCAAGACCGGGAUCGCACAUGGUUCCGUGGCAAAAGACCGAUCACCUUCAACAACUGAUAGAUUUUCUUCUUCAUAAAGAUCCAAAGGAGUGUAAAGAUUUCAUGGAUUUGUGUUGGAAACAUGGAUAUUGGGAAGGUCUGAUCCGCCUGUGUGUGCAAAAAAAUCUCAGAAAAGACGCCUUUAAAUUGGUCUUCGCGCUCAAUGACUUGAACCUUGUUAUGGGCACUCAGCCAUGGGGACGUCUCCCGAAAUCUCUAGAUGAUUGGAGGUACCUCUUAGAAUUGCUUUUAUCACGUGAUGGCCAUAGUGACAAGUCAUGUGCUAGUCCACGUUCAUGCAUACCACUGUCGCUUGCUGAUUGGACACCUAACUUGACGUGGAGUAACGUCAUCAACCUGAUGCUUGAACGGCUCGGUGCUGGACACACUGUGAACUUACUGCAGGCUCUACCGCGUAACACGCCACUUCUCACUACAGAUCUUUACUACUCGUGUCUAUUAGGUGCCGUGAUUGAAAGAAGGCAAAGGACGUUGAUUCACGAAUUGCUGAAAAAGCUAGACUCUUAUCUGUGGUCACAAAGGAGUGGUUCCUUGGCCCCGAAGUUAAACAGUUUCCGUAAAGAUGAAGAGACAUAUGGUUCAAAUAGUAAGGAAGACAAAAACCCACAACUAGACUCCGUGGAACAAUUCAGGACACUUGAGGAUGGAGCUUCAAAUUGGGGACAAAAUAUUCGCCUGUCAGACGGUGAAUGCCUGGUGUGUUCGCUGAAACUCUGUGAACAGAUUUCCACCAGUAAUCAAGGACUGCUGUUAUUUGAAUGUGGUCAUAUUUUCCAAAAACACUGUGUCCCAGAGGAGGCCUGCGUUGUGUGCUUUCAACAAAACCUGACCACUCUUGGCGGAAAAGGACUGUGAACUAGGCAUGGAAUCUACCAAAGUGCCCAGGCCUAUUUAUAAUUUUUCUGUAAUUUAACUGUCGCUUUCUAGAGAAAUUUUCAACUGAAAUGAGCGAAAUUUGAAUUGUUCCUAAAUCAUACUCGUCACUUCAGUUCGACUUGAUAUCUCCAUGUUUGAUUUCAGAUAAAAAAUUGCGGAACACGAAAGAAAGGAAAGAAAAUGGUUCACCCAACAAGAUAAUUUUUAUCAAAAUUUAAUCAAUAAUUUAUUCCUGUUUUAAAACGGAGAAUUUCGUGUAAAGAUAAGCGCUACAGUAUGAUUAUAGUUCUAUAGUAGCGAAAAGAGUUUAUUAACUCCGAGGAAAUCGUCAUGUAACGAGCAUUAAAUGACUCCUGAGAAAUAUCCUACAAAAUAAUAUAUGACGUAAUAUAAGAUAUUUUAAACAAAACACAUACAUGGAUACGUAUAGACCAAAUCUAAAGUUAAGUUCUAUUUUUGGAAAAAAAAGAAUCUUACCUCA